CUCAACUCAGACUCUAAAUCUAGGACAAACAAAGCCCAUUAUAAUGUCGGGAUUUGACUCCAACCCGUUUGAAGAUCCAGUCGACGUCAAUCCCUUCCAGGAUCCGUCUGUCACGCAGGUGACCAACUCUGGAAUCGAUCCCAUUGACAGUUUCAGUCCAUUCCCGGAUGGCAACACCGUGACGGGAAGCACCAUCCCGGCCUCCAGCGGCCCGUCUCAGCCCGCCGUCCUGCAGCCGUCAGUGGAGCCCACUCCACAGGCCACGGCUGCAGCUGCGCAGGCCAGUCUGCACAAACAGCAGGAGGAGCUGGAGAGGAAAGCAGCUGAGCUGGAUCGACGUGAACAAGAGCUGCAGAGCAGAGGAGCGCCGACAGGCAAACAGAACAAUUGGCCUCCUCUUCCCAAAUUCUUUCCCAUCAAGCCUUGCUUUUACCAGGACUUCUCUGAGGAGAUCCCGCAGGAACAUCAGAGACUCUGCAAAAUGAUCUAUUACCUGUGGAUGUGGCAGUGUGUGACGCUGUUUCUGAAUGUUCUGGCCUGUCUAGCUGAGUUCACCACUAACACAGACGCAGGCGUGGACUUCGGCCUGUCCAUCCUCUGGUUCAUCCUGUUCGCUCCCUGCUCCUUCCUCUGCUGGUUCAGACCUGUCUAUAAAGCCUUCAGGUCUGACAGCUCCUUCAAUUUCUUCUUCUUCUUCUUCAUUUUCUUGGCUCAGAUCGCCGUGUCUGUGAUUCAGAGCGUUGGCAUCCCACGAUGGGGCAACAGCGGCUGGAUUAGUGCUAUAGCAGCAAUUGGCAAAAACAAAGCGGUGGGUGUCAUCAUGAUGGUGGUGGCAGCCUUCUUCACAGCCACGGCUGCACUGUCGAUUGUUUUACUGAAAAUGGUUCAUUCCCACUACCGUCGCACCGGUGCCAGUUUCCAGAAGGCACAGCAGGAAUUCUCCCAAGGCGUCCUCACGAACCGCACCUUCCAGACCGCAGCCGCCAGCGCAGCCACCACAGCCGCACAAAGCUCUCUGCAGAGGAACUAGAGCCAGAAAGCACCACGAGAUCUUCCCUCACUGUCCCGGUGGCCCACACAGAACCCAAAGCCCAGCUCCGCUCACCUGCUUUGGUUCUGGAUCUCGAUUAGGACUGCAGAGGCACUACUUUCGUGUUUAAUUUUUUGUUUUGAAACAGAAGGUAUGAAGUUCAUCAGUGUGUUUGUAUAUCUGUAUGUGUGCAGAAAUUGUGUCCUGUAUCCUUCUUGACCUUGGUUAUGCUGUAUAUAAAGUAAUUUAAUAUUUCCCCGUCAUCCAUAGUGGUACAGGAGUCUCUUUAAAUUAAAAAAAAUUAUCAUGAAGGAUCUCAGAACUUUCUCAAAGCAAUGAUUAUAUGUGUAUGUCAUGAGAGUCUAGAUGUUACAACUCUGCUACAGUUUUAAAGAUUAUAGAGUAAAUAAAAGCUUUCAUUCCUAUAUCAUUUGAUUUCCUGAAAACAUUCUGCAUUGCAUAUUAGUGCCAAAAAAUAAUAAUAUGCACCCAAAAUUCUAUGGAGGCGUGGCCAUGUUUGCAUAAUUAGAAUCUUGAUGGACACAGAGAACAUUACUGUUAUUGUCUUAAUCGUAAGACGGAAGGUGGGAUGUAGAUUUUUACAUUGGGUGUGUUUUUUGGUAACUGUGUAGAGGAAUGUUUAUUCCUCGCAUGUGUACAGGCUUAUUUUAGGCUACUGAUUGUAAACAGUCAAAUCGAAAUAGUUUGAUUAUUACUCAGACUUAAAUUUACAUGGGUGAUAUUUUAGCCUUAGAAAGCCAUAAUUUUUGAAACAAAUGGGUAAAAUGGUUUGCCAUACAAAAUGCCACUUGCUGAAAAGGGUUAUAUAAUUUUUUCAGAUGAGAUCAGAAGAUAUUUUUCGACAGUGUAAGUACUUGUUUGUUUUUGAGCAAAUUAAAUUUUUCUGAUUAACAAA